AUGUUUCCAACAUUGCGCCUGUGCGCCAAAAAGUUGCUAUUAGGAAGAAUUCCACCUGCCAAGUUUCCGUUUCCAAAACCGUUGGACCCGCCAAAGGCGAAGGAUGUUACGAGAUGCAUUGAAGCAUUACAUGUUUCUCAAUUGGAGACGGAAAAUAAGAAUGCUCGCAUGUUUGCCAAAAAUAAUCCCGACCGUAUACGUCCAGGUGCUGUUUUAAUGGUUCGGUCGUAUGUUAACGGUUCUAAAGAUCCUCGCACUACAAGUUUUGCCGGAUACUUAAUGAAGAUCCGGCGACGGGGCCCUCAAACUUCCAUUCUUCUUCGAAACAAAAUCCUCGAUACGUACGUGGAGGCCGGUUUUAAAGUAUUUUCUCCAAGUGUCAAGGAGAUUCUCGUCAUUAACCAGAAUGGUUUGGGUAAGCGGCCAAGAAGAGCGUAUUUAAGCUACUUACGAAAGCCAAAAUUCCAUUUACCAUCUGUUACACCGAUGAUCAAGGAUUAUUUUGAAUCCAUUGACUCUUCCAAAUCAAAAACAGAUGCUUGA